AGUUGUGAAUGGGAGAGAGGGGCGGGUACAGUCAAACAGAUGCGGCUCUGGUGUCGGAGGAGCGCACACGUCCAGAGAGAAAGAAGGAAAGAAAGAGAAAGAGAGAAAGAAACAGAGGCGCGAUCCGAUGGAGCUGCAGCAGCGCUUUACCUCCCACAUCUGAACACACGCAAAGCGCGGACCGAUCCACGGAGGAGGUUUUUUUUUCUUUCUUUUUCUUUUUUUUGCAAAGACCGAGGAGUCGUGAAUAAAGAAAACUUAAAAAUAUAAUAAUAAUAAUAAUAUUAAAUAAAAAAACAAAAACGAUGGAUUCUUCACAGCUGCUCUGUCUGAUGCUGUUGUACGGAUUUCUACCAAAAGUGUUGUCGGUGCAGAUGUGCGACGUGGUGAACGAGAUCGAGCUGGAGAAAGAGCGCUGUGAGAACACCACCUCUGGGAACGUCACUUCAGGUUGCCAAGGCAUGUGGGACAUCAUCGCCUGUUGGCCGUCAGCCAGAGUGGGAGAGGUGGUGACGAUAACCUGCCCCGCGUACUUCAGCUACUUCAGUGACCAACAGAAAGGUAACCUCUCUAAAACCUGCACAGCAGACGGCUGGACCGAGAUGCAUCCCCUCGACAUCGCCGUGAACUGCGGAUACAAUGUCAACAGCACGAGCGAUGAUGGAAAGUUCUUUUGGCAAGUGAAGAUCGGCUACACAAUCGGCCACAGCGUUUCGCUCAUCUCUCUCACCACAGCCAUUGUGAUCCUCUGCAUCUUCAGGAAGCUCCACUGCACAAGGAACUACAUCCACAUGCAUCUGUUCGUGUCGUUUAUCCUGAAGGCCAUCGCUGUGUUCAUAAAGGACGUGGUCCUCUAUGAGGUCGGGGAGGUGGACAACUGCUCCUCAGGCUCUGUCGGCUGCAAAGCAGUGAUUGUGUUCUUCCAGUACUGCAUAAUGGCCAGUUUCUUCUGGCUGCUCGUGGAAGGCCUUUAUCUGCACGCAUUGUUGGCCGUCUCUUUCUUCUCCGAGAGGAAGUACUUCUGGGCUUACAUCCUGAUUGGCUGGGGAGGCCCCGCAAUUUUCAUCACAGCUUGGAGCAUCGCUAAGGCCUACUAUCAUGAUGUGGGGUGCUGGGAUAUAAUCGAGAACACUGAUGUGUUCUGGUGGAUCAUUAAGACCCCCAUUCUGGCGUCGAUCCUGAUGAACUUCAUCCUUUUCAUCUGCAUCAUCCGAAUACUUCGCCAGAAGAUCAACUGCCCAGAUAUUGGAAGAAAUGAGUCCAACCAGUACUCGAGACUGGCAAAGUCAACGCUGCUUCUGAUCCCUCUGUUCGGGAUCAACUUCAUAGUGUUUGCGUUCAUCCCUGAGCAAGUGAAGACCGACCUGCGGCUCGUAUUUGACUUGAUUCUGGGAUCAUUUCAGGGCUUCGUGGUCGCGGUCCUUUACUGCUUCCUCAACGGAGAGGUCCAAGGAGAAAUCAAGAGGAAGUGGCGGCGGUGGCACUUGCAGAGAUACAUGAGCUCAGACACCAAAUACCAGCACCCGUCUAUUGGCAGCAGCAGCAACAACUUCAGCACCCAGAUCACCAUGCUGACGCGAUGCAGCCCGAAAACACGCCGGGGUUCGUCCUCCUGUCACGACGACUUGUCGAGCAUAUGAUUCGUCCUGAAACAGAGACGCAUGCCCCCCCGUGUAUGCGCUGUACAAAAUGCUCUCAUUAGGCGGAAAGUUUAAAAAAAUAAAUAAAUAAAAAUGCACACUCGCUCGUUAGCGCAUGCGUUCUCUGAUGACGUGUAGCUCGAGUGUGGAGUCUAAGCAGCUUGUAAUCUCCAUGCGACUUUAAAAGUGACUAAGAUACAAGCGCUUUACUUUACGGCUUUUACAUAUUUGAAUAAGAACCGUUCACUUUCCAUCUCUCACAGUUCAGUUGAAUAUGUACAGGUGAAUCGCUAAAUCCCGUCAUUACGGAUCAUGCGGUCAAUGGUUAUUAACCUCCUGAGACCCGAGCUUUUGUUUGCAUUUUUAGUUUCCCCAUUUCUCUUUAUGUGGGAAUAGCAGGACCUAAGAACUAUAAAAGCUAAGUAUCGUCUUUGAAAAAAAAAAAAUGUCCUCAUGCGUGGACAUGGGGAUAAUUUCACUCAAUGUUAUAAAACAAAAUGUGAAAACGUUUUCUCAUGUGAAAAUGAGAAAACUGUGUACAUGGCUGUGCAAAAGCAGAAUUGCAAAUAAUGAAGUCCCAAUGUCCUCAAUCGUGUACUUGCUAAUUAGCGAAGUUAUAGCCAAAAUUACUGUAAACCGUAAAAUUUCGUCAGCUUUUCUUGACGUGAUCGGCUGCAGAAUGAAUGCGCUGAAACACCUGCUAUCAUCUAGUUACGAGGAUAAAAGUUUCAAUGAAGCGGAAUAAGCUGCCACAAACCUAAAACUUGACGUCCCCAUAUGAGGACGCAGGGUCUCAGGAGGUUAAUCUCCCUGUGCGCUCAGACUAAGUGAAAUGUCAUCUAUCAAUGCAGUUCAGCUAAGUUCUGGCAAACACACGACCUGAUGUAAUUAUGAACCGAUUAAAAAUCACUUAGUGGAUCCCUGCAGCUCCAAGAAUAAAACGAGAAGCUGAUAUCUGUCGAAACGAGCGUGAAAACGACACAUUAUGAAAAGAUUGUAACUUUCCACAGAAUGAAGCAAGACAUAAACAUAGGCUUCAGACCGGGUGACCAGUGUGACGCUGAUUCACAGCGACGGCUUUGGAGCACAAAUGCCCUUCUCUGCACUAUCACUCUCGCAAGAGACAGAUUGCCCUUCUGCCUUCUCUUUUAUCAGAGCAGCCGUCCCUCCCUCAUGUCCUGCACGAUCCUGAGCCUGGGAUGUUUUUUCAUUACCUAGAGCCGUUGAGUGAUGAUUGCCUCCCGUGCUUUAAAGUGACGCUUUCGGCCUAAUCGUCACGCUAACUCUGGAGAGGACUCGUCUUUUACGCGGUUCAGUCCACGAAUGUUUACAUUUACCGAAGAAGAAGUGUCACGAAACAUUGUGCACACGAGCAUACGGUGUAAAGAAAAUUGAAUUACUAUGAAUCUUUGUGUCGUUUGGGUUGCAUUAUGGCCACGCUACCAGUAAUGAGUCACUGAUUGUUGUUAUUAGUGUAAUAGUAAAGCUUUGUCGGGAAUACAAAACUCUCUUGUGCAAGUUUAUGUGACAGUCUGUGGUUUAUUGUCUGUAACGGAUAAAUAGAAGCCCCCGUGUUACACUUAACUUUAAAACAUCCUCAGAUUCAUUAUGCACACACAGGGAUCUCCCUAGGUGAUGCUCCGCCAGACCGACACAAGCCUGAACUCUUAAACCUCCGUUAUGAAAAAUACUCCUGAAUUCUCCACCUGUCAUGUUCAGACUUCUCUAAUGGAGGAGUCUGAACAUGACAAGUCAGACGAGGCUAUUGGAGCCUGCAUGUAAAAGCAAAGCAAAGCAAAGUGACAGCGGUGACUGGCCCUGUCACGAAGAUGCUGUCAUCGUGUGUUCCCGGCUUGAAAGUCGCCCACAUUUUCAUGCAAGAGGGAACGUCCAGCUCUACCUGGCACAGGAAAAACAUCAUUGUCUCCACUGAUCGCUGACUUAAAGGGUCAAGCUGCCAAUAUAAAUAUCAAAAAAAGCAAAACCGUUGAUCUUUCAAAUAAUUAGAAGGACAGGCCUUUGGUGGUAAUUUGGAUCGUGUACACUUUCAGAUACUGACAUGUCAUGUACAGAUAGGGAUGGGCAUCGAUAGGUUAUCGUUGAUAUUGAUGUCAUUAUCGAUUCUGCUUAUCGGUCCGAUUCUUUAUUGAUUCCCUUAUCAAUUCUUCCUGUGAAAAAGUAGGCGCUUCGUGCAAACAGCAGCAAUUUCAGUUUCUAAACUGAACUGGAUCCUCACUAGCUCUGCUCUGCUCUGCUCAGACUUAGCUGCACUCGGUGACCGGAGAUUGUCGACACCACAUGGAACUCUCGGUAUUUACGUGCGUCGACGACAAAUGGUGUUGCCACCUUUGCUUGAAAUUACAGUGCUGCAUAAAUUGUAUGUUACGGUGUCACAGUCUCUUCUGGAGAAGCGAAGCCACACUUUGGUGCGUUUCAGUCUCUCUGCCGUAGCGUCUUCAUUGUCGUCAUGUGAUGUGAAUGACGUGCUUCGACGUGAAGAUUCUUCUUCUUCUUUCGUUUUAUGGCGGUAGGCAAACAACUUUAAGGUGCAUUACAAGCGGCAACCUCCAGGUCUGAACCAUGAAGCCCAUGCAAAGUGCAAAGAACUGCAGUUCAUCAAGUGGCCACUUGUGGCUCCAAAAGGGAGCAAAUCCCCAUAGAACCCCAUGUUAAAAAACCCAACUUUACAGCAAUAUUAAACAUGUUAACAGCCUUGUACAAAAAAUGAUUUUGUUCUUAAUGGUUUAUUUCACUAUUCAUUAUAACUGUACGGAGGGUGAGUUUUUUUCUAAGUCAUUCGUUUAUUUUUUAUUAAGGUUUAAAAUUCUACCUAAUUAAGGUCUCAACGUCCGACACGA